UGCAGGGACUCCUCCCUCUGCAGAGUUGGGAGCUGCUGUGCCUUUCUGCAGCCCUGACAGCAAGCAUUGGCGCAUUAACAGUCCCGCCGCUAACCUUUACCAUUUUUUUCAGCUUCUUUUAAAGCCAUCUUUCCCUCCCAUACUUCACACAUCAUCGUCCGUGGGACAAGCGUCGGAACGGCCUCGUCUAGAAUGGGGAACCGAGACGAUGAAUACGAUUUCUUGUUCAAAGUUGUGUUAAUUGGAGACUCAGGUGUUGGUAAGAGCAACCUGCUCUCUCGAUUCACACGAAAUGAGUUCAACCUGGAAAGCAAAAGCACCAUUGGUGUGGAGUUUGCAACGCGCAGCAUUCAGGUGGACGGCAAGACGAUAAAGGCUCAGAUUUGGGACACUGCGGGACAGGAGCGCUACAGAGCCAUCACCUCGGCAUACUACAGAGGGGCCGUAGGGGCGCUCCUAGUGUACGACAUAGCCAAGCACCUGACCUACGAGAACGUGGAGCGCUGGCUGAAGGAGCUGAGGGACCACGCUGACAACAACAUCGUCAUCAUGCUGGUGGGCAACAAGAGCGACUUACGCCACCUCAGGGCCGUGCCCACAGACGAGGCCCGCGCCUUCGCAGAGAAAAACAACCUGUCAUUCAUAGAAACUUCAGCCUUGGACUCAACAAAUGUUGAAGAGGCAUUCAAGAAUAUCCUUACAGAAAUCUACCGCAUCGUUUCGCAGAAACAGAUCGCCGAGCGGUCAGCCCAUGACGAGUCCCCCGGAAAUAACGUGGUUGACAUCAGCGUGCCCCCGACCACGGACGGUCAAAGGGGGAGCAAGCUGCAGUGCUGUCAGAACCUGUAACCUGGGGCAACUGACCCUCUCACUAUUAGGGUGGAUUAUGAAUUGGGAUCCAGUGCUGGCAUGCUUCUGUCUUCCUGGGCUGCAAUAUAGUCUGAAAUCGGCGUUAUUUAGAUCCAGGGAAUGGGUUCAUGAGGCCACAGAAGGAAUUGAUUUUAAGGUGUAAUCUGACCCAGUUUCAGCCUGCUACAGUACAUUCUAGUGCAAAAGCUGGACUGCUGGUACCAAACAAGUGUGACUUAGCCAUGUUUGAAGUCUGUCUCUGGUAGAUGUUUGAGUAGUACCAGCACUCCAUUUUUGCGUUCCACUUCUCCUUGUUCAGUCAUCUCAAAAGUGGUAAUGAUGCUGCUGAUGCUUACUUCCUGUAAAAUAUUGUUUUUGUUGAUUAUUUUGAUAGCGUGUCUGCUCUCAUACAUUAUAUUAAUGCCAUGAAAAUAAAUUUUACAAUAUUA